AUGCAGCCGGACGCCUACGGGUGCGUUGUGGCGAACAGGUUUGGAAACCUUCUGGACGACGAGGCUGACCCGUUCGACCUGAUCAACAAAGUGGACACAGAGAAGGAGAAAAAAAAGAAGAAGAAAAAGCAAAACGAUGAUAAAAAUGUAAAGCAGAAAAAAACCGGCCAGAAGGAAUCCCAGAAGGACAGACGUGUUCCUAUCACCUCGGAUGCUGUAGACUCUGCUCCAGGUAAGGCUAGACAGCUUGGCCGCAGCAUCGCUACACACCCCACAUCCACAUCAUUCUGGCAGCUGCGACUAUUUCUAGAUUGGAUAGUCCUGCCAAAAGUGGCCAGCUUGCUUGGGCUGUGUCAGCUGCUGAUGGUGCAGGUUCGUAAGCUGCAGGCCCGGGCUGGACCUGUGAACGAGAGCGGAGACGGCAGUGAGGAGGCCCAGAGAGGCACCAGGGUGGCAGCUUUCAGGGAGCGUAGGGCCAACCAAGAGGAGUACCCUAAGGAGUUUCCUUUUUCUAAGCCCUCCUAUAAUCCAGACUUUGACCAAAGAGGCAGAGGAGGGAUCAGAGGAAGGAGAGGAGCACGAGGUGGAGGUGGUGGUGGAGGAGGAUACGUUAGGAACCAAGACAACUUUAAUCUGAGGGGCAAAAGAGAAUAUGAUCGUCACAACGGAACCGGUAUCUCCCCUGAGGAGAAGCGUGGAGGCAGAGGACCCUGGAACUGGGGCUGCGUUGACGAAGCUGCAAGUGAGUUAAUGGAGGUGACGUCUGAUUCUCCGGUCAAAUCAGAGGAACCGCAAGUACCAGCGGAGCAAGAGAAUCAGAAUUCAGCAAUCGAAGAGGAGGACGGAGAAAUGGUGGUCCAGCUUGCCAUGGAGAUGACCCUUGAUGAGUGGAAGGCCCUGCAGGAGACAAGUCGUCCCAAGGCAGAGUUUAAUAUCCGCAAAGCAGAGAACAAGAUUCCCUCCAAAGCCAAGGUCAUCCACCAGUCAAAGCGCAUUGAGAAUGUCAAGGAGCCUAUAGAGGACCUGGAGGAUGAGGGCAACUUCCUCCGCCGGUCUGUGAAUGACAUCACCUCCCUCCUUGACAUCAAUUUUGGGAGUCUUGGGCGCCCUAGCCGAGGGGGUCGAGGAAGGGGUGCACGAGGUGGUCCGAGCGCUCGCCCAGAGAGACCCAAACCCAUACUGGAGAGGGGAGAUGAACUAGCUCCUGACCCUGAUGACCCAGAAGACUUCCCAGCGCUAUCAGCAGGAAGAUAACAGAGUUCACUUGUCUUCAUUUAGCUCCUGUGGGGAAAAUGGGUUGCACUUAACACUUGCUAGAAAAUACUGUUUUCAUGUUUCUGCUGUUCUUAAGGUUUGGGGGUUUUAUUGUAUUUGAUUUAUUGUUCCAU